GAUUAUCAGGGAGCUGGUGAUGGGUUCUGCUUGGAGGAAGAGGAGUAAAGGAGAGGGGAGCUGCUGGAGGUGGUGGGAGGCAGGAAAUAUCUAGGGUGGAGAAAGGGAGGGGAUAGGAUGUGACAGACCUGCUGAGAUAUGUGUAAUCUAGGGUGUGAUGGAUUGUCAUCCCCGGGGUACAGUCUGGGGGGCUUCUGGGGACCACUGUGUCCUCUAACCCUCAAGCUGGGCUGGCCCUUCUCACACUGCUUUGCUGGAGAUUCAGCCAGCCUCUCCAGGCCCUGUUAUCACCCAACACGACAGCAGCUGGUGCCAUACACCUAAGCCACUCAAGGACAGAUAGAAGACAAUAGCCAAUUUCCCAGCUCCCCAACCUUGCACACCUGCUGUAGUAUAAAUCCAGAAUUAUACCAUCUUAUAGUGCACAGGGAUCUGUGUAAUGUAGGCUCAUUAAUAUAGUUUGCCUUCCCCUCGAUAUGGGAAAGAUAUGCACAACAAGCUUGUGCGCUAACCAAGCUGAGAUAUUCCCCAGACACUUCACUCAAAAUACACUGGUUAAGAUAAAGCAUAAAACAAGUUUAUUAACUACAGAAAGAUAGAUUUUAAGUGAUAGCAAACAGAUCAAAGCAGAUUACUUAGCAAAUAACCAAAAACUCAAACUAAGCCUAACAUACUAGAUGGAUAGAAUUUGAAUUAGCAGUUUCUCACCCUAACUGAUGAUAGAAGCAGUCCACCAAGUUUCCAUACACAAGAUAGAGAUCCCUGUACCCUGGGACCAGCACUUCCCCCAGUUCAGUCUUUGUUCCUCAGGUGUUUCCAGAAGUUCUCUUGUGUGGGGAAUGAGGCCAAGAGAUGAUGUCACACCCCACCUUAUGUACCUUUUCUAUAUGGUGGGACUCCUUUGUUUCAAACUGAAUUCCCAGUCCAGUUUGUGGAAUAAUACAGGUACCAAAAUGGCGUUCAGUGUCAUGUGGUCUGGUCACAUGCCCUAGCAUGCCCAACUGAGUGCUAAGCUCUUGCAUGGUCCAUUGUCUUUGUUGAUGAGCCAUCAGCGCUGUCUGGCUUCUUCAUUGUUGUACCUGAAAGACUAGUUGUGGGUGUUACCCAGAGUAAGCACAUUUGAAAUACAGAUACAUAGUCAAUAUCCAUAACUUCAGAUACAAACGUGAUCCACGCACACAAAUAGGAUAAUCAUAUUGAGCAAAUCAUAACUUUUCCAGUGACACCACACAUGAUGUAUCUGGCACAAAAUGCAUCAUAAUUAUGUCCUAAUAAUAUUAUAAUCAUACCACUAUGAUGAAUAUGGGGUGUAGUGUCAGAUAGGGCCUAAUUUCAAGGCACAGGAGUUGGGACUGGAACUUCCCCUCUUUGUGGAACAGGAAAUAACCCUCCAGCCAGGGCUGGGAAAACUUCCCAGACUCGCAGUGCUGGAGCCUGAAUCUGACACUUCAUUAGUUACCACCACCCCCAAUCUUUGUGGGAACUGCAAACUUUAUCAGUGAUGAUUUUAUAUUCUCUUCUAGGUUAUUGAUAAGAAUGUUAAUAGCACAGGGCCAAGAACCAGUCCUUGCGGAACCUGCUAGAAAUAAAUCCACUCGACCAUGGUUUCCCAUUUACAAUCAGUUUUUAAUCUAUUUAAUGUAUGCCAUGUUUAUUUUGUAUCAUUCUAGUUUUUUAGUCAAAAUAUUAUGCUGAACCAAGUCGUAUGCCUUACAGAAGUCUAGGUAUAUUACAUCAAUACUAUUAGCUGCAACCAAACUUUUCAUCUCCUCCAAUAUGGAUAUCCAGUUAGUUUGAUAGGAUCUAUUUUCACUAAACCUUUGUUAAUGGGUACUAAUUAUAUUACCCUCCUUUAAUUCUUUAUUAAUGAAAUCCAGUAUCGGCUGCUCCAUUAUCUUGCCCAGUAUCGAUGUCAGACUGACACUCUUGUAAUUAGUUGGGUCAUCUCUUUUACACUUUUUAGUAUUGGUACAGCAUUAGCUUUAUUCCAGUCUUCUGGAAUUUCCCCAGUGUUCCAAGUCCUAAUUAAAAUCAACAUUAAUAGUCCACCAUGCUCCUCCACUAGGUCUUUUAAAAGUCUUGGAUACAAGUUACCUGGACCCGCUGAUUUAAACAUGUCUAACUUUAAUAGCUCAUGAAGUCCUGUUGGAAUGGAAAGUGUGUCGUUGUCAACAUCUUAUGAUAUGAGUACAUCAUCUGUUUUUCUCCAAAUCCAGGAGAGAAAUAUUUAUUGAAGACUUUUACCUCUUCUGUAUUAUUUUUGAUAAUUCUGCCAUUUCUGUAUAGUAAUUUACCACUACCAUUGUUAGGAUUAAUAUACUUUUAAAAACUUUCUUCUUAUUUUCAUUGAUUGGUCAUUGAUUUCUGAUAGCUUCCCUUACCAAUUUUCUACAGUACUGACCUUCUAACUUAUAUUCUUUACUAUUGACUUCCCCUUUCUUCCAUAUAUUUUAUUUGGAGAGUGUUGGGAUUCCUACCAGGGAGCCACCAGCAGGGUCCAGAGACAGCCUCAUCUCCUAUAUCAAGCUCUGGCUAGUAGGGGCCGGUGACUUUCGUGGAAGUGGCUGUGUAUUUCACCAGGGAAGAGCGGGCUCUGCUGGACCUCACUCAGAGAGACCUCUACAGGGAUGUCAUGCAGGAGAACUAUGAGACAGUGGUCUUGCUGGGGUUUCCAGUUUCCAAACCUGAUGUGAUCUCGCAGCUGGAACGAGGGGAAGAGCCGUGGGUCCCAGACCUCCAGGACUCUGAGAAAGAAGUGCUCCCGAGAGCUGCCUGCACAGAGAGUGACCUAUGUCUGGAUUCUCUCUGUCUCCCCUCAGGUGUUGGGAUGGUGAGUGAGAAUGAGGAGAAUCCCCAGCAGGAAGAUGCUGAGCAAGUAAAACCACAUGGGACGUUAUCAGGAAGAUCCAAAGGGAAUGUUUCCUGGAGUUGUGCACUCCCAGAAAAAGCAAAAGCCUGUGAGACUGAGCAGAUGCCAGAGGAAAACUUGAGGAGCCACUCAGACCUUAUUACACGCGAGAAAAUCAACUUGGAAGAGACAUGCUACACAUGCCAUGAGUGUGGGAAAAGCUUCAGUGGGAGCUCAGACCUUUUCACACAUCAGAGAAUCCACAGAGGAGAGAGACCGUACACGUGUUCUGAGUGCGGGAAAAGCUUCAAUCAGAGCUAUACCCUUAUCAGACAUUGGAGAACCCACACUGGAGAGAAACCCUACACGUGUUCUGAGUGUGGGAAAAGCUUCAAUCAGAGCUCAAACCUUAUCAGACAUAGGAAAAUCCACACAGGUGAGAAACCUUAUGGGUGCUCUGUGUGUGGGAAACGCUUCAUUGAUAGUUCAGCCCUCAUCUCACAUCAGAAAAUCCACACAGGAGAGACGCCCUACACAUGUUCUGAGUGUGGGAAAAGUUUCAAUAAUAGCUCUGACCUCAUCAAACAUCGUAGAAUCCACACAGGAGAGAAACCCUAUAUGUGUUCUGAGUGCAGGAAAAGCUUCAAUCAGAGCUCAAUCCUUAUUAGACAUCAGAAGAUCCACAUGAGAGAGAACUGUAAUAAAUGCCUUGACUAGGGCUGGCCAAAGAUUUUUCUUUUAAAAAAAAAUCACAUUUGCUAAUUCCCAGAGUGAUCUUUGCACCAUCUUCACCGUGGUCUCUCAGCUCCCCCAGAUAAGUUGCCUGCUUCUGCCUUUUGCAGCUCACCUUCUUUGGGGUCCGUCCUGUGAUCUUUUCUAUCAACUCCUUUCCUUUUGAGUCAUAGGAGUGUGCGUCCCUCCAGCCAGGAAUGUUCAUCAGCUCUAGGUGGGGGAGAGAGGUUUGAUCCCAACAAGCUACACUGAGGCAAAAACUACCUGUGCCUUACAUCCACUAGGACUGUACAUGGCAUUGGCUGCUCGAGUUAGUGAUCUUGGUGUAAAAAGACAAUUAUAGUUGUAGUGCAGAUGCAGCCCAGAUGCAGUGGUUGGCAUUAGCUUUCCCCUUGACCUGACCUAAACUCCAUCACUUUUCCUAGUCUAAACAAACCCUGAGCAUCACGGUUAUACUGUUCCCCCAGUUCAAAGCAAUUGUUAGUCAUCAGGUUCCCCCUUCGGGAACAAAUUGUUUCAUUCCCAGUUGCUCUGAUGUUGCUUCAGGUUGUGCUGGAGAGCAGAUAUUUUUACUACCAUUUUCCUCACUUAAAAUAUAUUGAACUAUAACAAAAAGCAGGAACAGGGCAGGGAUAGGGAAAAAUGUCAUUUCACCCUCUGUAACAGAAGAAGAUAGGGUAAAUCAGAGGGAUUCCCUUAUUCCUCAUCACCAUCGCAAUCCCUCUCUUGUUCAGUUGGUUAGGUCAAUAUUAUUUCUAAAGGGUGGGGAAGAGGAUUCCCUAGUGAAUGACUUGGAACUAAGCAAAAUACCCAUGCAUUGGGCUCCCAAAGCAGUUGUGGCAUGGGCUCUACAGGAGGUCACCCCUGAAGAUAUCUCCUUCCUAAUCAGGUGCAUGUUGCCUAUUAUUUGGGAAAUGCAAUCCCUAUCUAGGUAGAGAUGGGGAAAAUGGAACUGACAUUUCUGUUCAGCUCACCCCUGGGAGAUGCUGCUGCAAAUGUAUAGAAAAUGAAAUCCGUGUUGAGUGGGAUAUAGCUGCAGAAAGAAACCUAUUUUUAAUAGAUACCUGACAUUUGGUGUUUUACAGGGAAUCUAAGCCGCACCUGAAUUUAGUCCCUAAUUUAAACCUGUGCCACCAGAUUAAAGAAAUAAAAGGGCAUUUUGGGGGGAGUUAUACCUCACUAUCGCUAUUGAUAUGUUGUGUGGUUGGUGAAGAAUUCUACGCCAGGGAAGUGUAAAAUUACUCCAAGUAAGGUCAAAGAUUUGACAAGAAGUCAGGUAGAAAUUGCAGGUACGAGUGGUUGAUUUUCACCCCAGAGAUGGAAGCUAUGGUGACCUGUGGCCCAGGUAAACUAUUUUUAGAACGCUGCUCACUAGUUAAGUGGCAUUGAUCACGCUCCUAAAGGAUGCCAUGAUUAAAUUGGGAACAACUGUCUCUUUCAGCUGAUUCCUUCAGAGCCAUUCCAUGCCUAUGGGUCCCAGUCUGGCUGUCUUGUUGGGCAAGAAGCACUUCCAUGCUGGGCAAAUGAUUUAUAGCCAAUGAGGGAAUGUAUCAGAUUCCAAGUUCAGACUGCAGGAUAUAUGAAUAUUGAGUCCAACGUCUGUGGUUUGGUCUCUUAGUUUACCCUUGAAUCUAAUGCAUUUGUAUCACUUCUCCACCUCUUGCUACUUUGAAAGAUUAGAAAGUGUGAAAAAGAAGCACAGGUGGUUUUUCUCAUGAUGCAGCCUUCCCACAUAGUGAGAGACCCCUUCCACCCACACUUCUGGGAGAAGACCCAGGGAGAAAUGAACUCACAGAAAUGGAAGGCUUCUAGGUUAUUGUAGAAUGUGACUUCACACAAAGCUCACGGGAUGGAAAUGGGAAUUAAGAGAAAACUGCCCUAUAGGUUUAUAUUUUGUAAGAGUUGAAUAAAUUGUUACCAGCAACAAUGAAAUUAAACAUGAAGUUAAUUAGUGUAAGAGGCUGAUUCUGUGAUGACUUUCAGUGUUACAAUAUGAUUCAGGUUUUCUUCUAGUUUUCUCCCUGCCCCCUCCUACUAUAUCGGAAAUGGUGGUUAAUCCUGAAAUUAAAACCUCACUCCAAAGGAAUUAGAGUGGGGGAAUAUGUGAGAGAAAUAGCAUGUACGAGAAGAGAGACCCAGUAUGGACUGUAAUUAUUUCUAUUUCUAAUGGAAUUUAUUUUGAUACAUUUUAAAAUAAAUCUUCUGUUAGGAGGAAAAUUACUUGAGACAAGAUGUGUAACCUUUUACCCAUUCCCCACAGUGCUGAUGUGUUUUUGUUUGUUUGUUUCUCUCUCCUCCAGUGGUUGCUUUUUAAUAAAAGAAUAGUUUUGGUUUGAAA